CUCUGGCUGCGCAGGAACAGCUGGUGCUUCUGAAGACGGCCGGCUGGUGGGCAGGCGUGAGGUGUUGGUGGUGGCGGGGCAACGCUGCGGGAGCAGCCUCGGCCGCCACCGCCUUGCACCAUUGCACCAUGUCGGGGCAGCUGGAGUGUUGCGAGCGCGAGUGGCACGAGCUGGAGGGAGAAUUUCAGGAACUGCAGGAGACCCACAGGAUCUACAGGCAGAAGCUGGAGGAGCUGACAGCACUGCAGGCCUUGUGUAGCAGUUCCAUCCACAAGCAGAAGAGGCGGCUCAAGGACUUGAAGCACACGCUCCAGAGGUACAAGCGCCAUGCCAGCCAGGAGGAGGCAGAGCUGGUCCAGCAGAUGAGUGCCCACAUUAAGGAGCGGCAGAAUGUCUUCUUUGACAUGGAGGCCUACCUGCCCAAGAAGAAUGGGCUCUACUUGAAUCUGGUCCUUGGUAAUGUGAAUGUGACCCUCCUCAGCAACCAGGCCAAGUUUGCCUACAAGGAUGAGUAUGAGAAGUUCAAGCUCUACCUGACUAUAAUCCUGCUCCUGGGAGCUGUGGCGUGUCGCUUUGUCCUUCACUACAGGGUGACGGAUGAAGUUUUUAACUUCCUGCUGGUGUGGUAUUACUGCACCCUGACGAUCCGGGAGAGUAUUCUCAUCAGCAACGGCUCGAGAAUUAAAGGCUGGUGGGUGUCUCACCAUUAUGUCUCUACGUUCCUGUCUGGAGUGAUGCUGACCUGGCCCAAUGGACUAAUUUAUCAGAAGUUUCGCAAUCAGUUUUUAGCAUUCUCAAUUUUUCAGAGCUGUGUCCAGUUCCUACAGUAUUAUUACCAGAGGGGCUGCCUCUACAGGUUGCGAGCCCUGGGUGAAAGGAAUCACCUGGACCUCACUGUGGAAGGAUUCCAGUCCUGGAUGUGGCGAGGCCUCACCUUCCUCCUCCCUUUCCUCUUCUGUGGCCAUUUCUGGCAGCUCUACAAUGCUGUCACACUGUUUGAGCUCUCCAGCCAUGAAGAAUGCAGAGAAUGGCAGGUGUUCGUGCUGGCUCUCACCUUCCUCGUCCUCUUCCUUGGCAAUUUCCUGACCACGCUCAAGGUCGUGCACGCCAAACUCCAGAAGAACAGAAACAAGACGAAGAAGCCAUGAGCCUUGGACUUGUCUGCAUUCAGGGUUGGGUGUGCCAAAUUCCAGAACAGAAAUGAGAUGAAGAAGCUGUGAGCAUCUCAACUUGUGUGCCCCUGGGGUCCCGGACUUUGAGACUACUGGGGAUUCCUGUUGGCACCCUGGAUGCCCGUCACUGGUGGCCAACAGCAGUAGCAUCUCAGGGGCCAGUGGCAUUGCUGGGAGCAGGGCUAAGGCCCCCUCCCAAGCAGGACAUGAGGAAUGUGAAGCCCACCUCUCUGCACAGUAUUAGUCUCCCUAUUUAUGACAUAUUUAAUACCGGGUCCUCCUAACUUCCCUGGAAUCUGAGGCCUUCCCUGCUGCUCUCAGCAAUAGCUGAGACUGGGUCAGUCUUCCUAGGGGUGGGGCCCAAAUCCUCAGGGAGCCCCUUUGCCCCCACCCCUGUCAUUUGAACCCCCUCACGAAGGGGUUUGGAUGUGCCUCACAGGGGUUGGACUUAUGCUGACUUGCUGCUUACCGCACCCCAGGCGCAGGGUGGAAUGAAACCUUCCAGCAUCCUGUGGAGCCCCCUCCCCUGGGCCCCUGCUGUAAGCCCCCUCCGCGGCCCCCCGCCCUCAGUGAUGGGGGAUUAUUUAAGUUCUCAGAGAACCAC